AUGGGAUAUUCCAUCUCCGAGGCCACCUCUGCCCUCGACGCGGCGCGCGACAAUCUCACCAAGGCGACUGAUCUCCUUGCCUCGAAGCAAUUAGACAGGUCGCUCUCAGUCCGAGGUUCGUUCGACGCCCCCACAACUGCUCCCUCGAGAGCUCGAAGUGGCGCUAGAGGCGGCGGUCGCUCCGGUCGUGGUGGGGACAUGAAGUUUGCCAUCGACAUGGAAGACGAUCCUGGAUUCGAUCCUGUGAGCUGCACUUUUUGCGUUCGGUACUUUUUUUCCAUUCUGCAGUUCGUCUUCAGCGAAAAGACGCAUGUUUCUUGCAUCAACUGCCUCCUGUCUAUAUGUUUUACUUGUCCAAUGUGCCAUAAAGCACACAUGAGUUAA